AUGGAUGAUCGUUAUGAAGGUUUCAACGAUUACAAUCACGCAUAUGACGUUCAGAAUGUUCUGAACGAUGAAGUUUUCCAGGAAGCUGUAGCUAAAUCAAAUUAUGGUAGACGAACGAAAAAUUUAACAUCAGUUACAACACCUAUCAAUCGUGCUAAUAGUGUGAUAUCAAGUCAUCGAUCCGGUACCGAUACAAUGGGUGGUAUUAUGUUGCAAUCUUCCAUAGGUUCACGACGUGGAAUUGAGCCAAGCGUACCGAUGACCGCAAUACGAAGUGCUGGUUAUUCGUCAGCAGGUCGAGGAACCUCAUUUAAUCCGUUAAAAAUGAGCAUAACAGAAAAAUCACCCGAAAUAAGCAAUGAAGAAAAAUGUCGUCAAAUAGAGCAAAAAGUAAACGAACUACUGAAAGAAAGUAUUUUUGCAUGGGAAAAAGGUGAUAUGAAACAGAUAAAAUGUUUACAGGCACUUGAAAAAGCAAAAGAAGCGGGUCGACGUGAACGUACAAUUAUUCGGAUGCGUGAACAAUUAUCAAUUAUCGAGCAGCUCAAUUUAGAUCUAACAUUUACAGUAUUAUUCAAUUUGGCACAUCAGGUUGAGUAA